GAGCCGCCGCGACCGCUCGCGCGUUGGUCUGGCAACGUCGCAGGCGGCAUAGAUUCCGCUCCGCAACCGCAACCGCACGUUUGCCGAGCCGCCAUGAUACCAAAGCCGUGCUGGCCGUACAACGGUUUCUCCGCAGUGACGCGCAAGCCGCUGCCGACGACGCGACGCAACGUGACGGAGGUCUGGACGCAAGCUGCUGGCCGCCUGCGGAUGUUCCAUUGCCAAUCCGUAGCGCUUUUUCACGUGCACUCGCACCCGGAGACCGACCGACACCGUGGCCUGGCGCUUGCUGGAGGAUUUGUUCGUGAAUUUUAAGAACCGCGCGACGAGAGUCGCGAUCGACCUCCACGUGCUCCGCCAACGGGAAUUCUUCUACGCGCUUCAACUCACUCGGAGGAGUGUUUCUCUCUCUCUCUCUCUCUCCCUCUCUCUCUCUCUCUCUCUCCGCCGCCGCUCGUUUCGACUCAUUUAAAACCCUCUCGAUAAUCCAUCCGAAGGGAUUCCCGUCAAUCGCGAACAAAUCCCAAAGAUAAUCCCGGAUCGCUUGAUCGGGUGCGAGAGGUGCGCUGUUCGAGUCGGCUGGGUGGAAGAUCGGCCGAGAGGAAGGCCGAGCGACGGAAGUCGGAAAACCCUUUGUGGAGACUUUAUGAGCAUGUUCGACACGGAAAGGUUCAUCGAGGAGAUAGAGAGGCGGCCGGCGAUCUACGACGUGAAUCGCGGCGAGUACAACGACCGUAACGCCAAGAUGACCGCGUGGGACGAGGUCUGCCAGGUGAUGGUACCGAAUUGGGCGCGCUUGACGGACGAGGAGAGAAACGUGGAAGAGAAGAAUCUGCGCGGCAAGUGGAGGAACAUACGGGACUACUUCAUGAAGGAGCUGAAGCUUCAGAGAUCGCAGAAGACCGGUCCCGCCGGACGGAAGCGCAAGAAGUACAUGUACUUUGACCGCUUGUUGUUCCUCAUGCCGACGGUGGAGAACAAAAGGAGCUCCGUAAUGACCAUCACUCCCUGCAAGUCGGAGGAAAGCGAGGGCGAGGUCGACAACCCCAUGAUCGAGGAGUACGACAUGCCGCUCGCGCACAGCGGCGCUUCCAUCACCGGCAGCAGGGAGUACCUCCAGCCGAGCACCGCGUCCUACAAGGUGUGCCCGCGUUACCCGAAGCAAUUCUGCGAGACGUCCUUCGCACCCUUGGACAACGAGAUACACGACAUCCUCUCGUCGCACAGCAGCCAGCGCGUCGCCCUUGACGAGGACGACUACGACAAGAUGUUCCUGCUGUCGUUGUUGCCGAUAAUCAGGCAAGUGCCGGAGGAGAAGAAGCUGGACGUCAGGAUACAGAUGCAACAGGUACUGGCAAUGGCCCUCCGUCCGCCGGACAAUAAGUAAGUCAGUCGGCGAUAAUCAGCAGGCGUGGAGGAAGCACGAUUUCGCAAACGAUCACACGCAAUAUAGCCGCUCCGGUCCGUCCCGCUUUGCUAUCUCUCGUCGGCCGACUUUUCGGAAGUUUCUCCCGCUUCCUUUGCCGACCAAACCCGGCGGGUGAGCACUUAAUGUUGCUAUUAGCGCAAGACUUGAUUUUUGACUUUGUCCGCUGCGCGAUGAUUACAUCAGGUGAGCGUGUUUGUGAUAUAAGUUUAUCAACACAAGCUUCAAUAUGACAGAGAGAAACAGCAGCGCGGCCACGAUAUUAAUAUAUGAUUACGCAAUCCUUCAAAGUUACACAACGAGACAGCGAGAGAGAGAGAGAGAGAGAGAGAGAGAGAGAGAGAGAGAGAGAGAGAGAGAGAGAGAGAGAGAAAGUAUAACGAGAUAGAUAUACACGUAAGAUGUACGAUUAUACGAGUACUCUAGGAUACGUAACGGAUCAAUUUUAUACCACAUAUGUAAUCACUUAAAUAAAUACACGCCUGCGCCUGUGA